AUGGGUCGAGAAGGUGGCGAUUGGUUAUGCGGUGCAUGCAACCAUUUGAACUUCAAAAAACGCGAUGUUUGUCAAAGGUGCAAAUGUCCUCCAGGCACCGAAGACAUGACUUUUUAUCGAAUGAGCGCAAGAUCAGAGGUUUUAGCUGGGGAUUGGUAUUGCAUGAUCCCAAAUUGUGGAGCUCAUAAUUACGCGAAAAGGAUGAGCUGUUAUAGAUGCGGGGUUGUGCAAACUACUUCAUUUAUCGAUGAAACUAAUUGUCAACUUCCACCUGGAUGGAAAUCCGGCGACUGGAUUUGUACUAGUUUUGGGUGUGGAAUACACAAUUAUGCUAGUAGGAUGGAGUGCUACCAAUGCAAGACAUCUAAGCCUUUGGGUAAAUAG